AUGGGUGGAAGGAGAAGUUCAAGGUCGCAAAGUCCAAGAGUUUAUCAGCACCAGCCAGGAGCUCUUCUGGAACAAAAUGUAGAAGCGGAAGGCGCUCAGCGCCGAGCAAGUGCUGAGGAGCGAAGAGCGCGGAUAGCUGCAAGGGCUAGAGCGCGGAGACAGCAGGAAAGCGAUGAGCAGCGAAGAGCUCGCCUGGAAAGUGUUGCUACAAGGGCUAGAGCACGAAGACAGCAGGAAACGGAUGAGCAGCGGAGAGCUCGCCUACAAAGUGUUGCUACAAGGACUAGAGCACGAAGACAGCAGGAAACGGAUGAGCAGCGGAGAGCUCGCCUACAAAGUGUUGCUACAAGGACUAGAGCACGAAGACAGCAGGAAACGGAUGAGCAGCGGAGAGCUCGCCUACAAAGUGUUGCUACAAGGACUAGAGCACGAAGACAGCAGGAAAGUGCUGAACAGCGAAGAGCUCGCCUGGAAAGUGUUGCUGGAAGAGUCAGAGCCCGAAGAGAGCAGGAAAGAGAUGAGGAGCGAGCAGAUCGUCGGCUCAGAGAUACUCAGAGAGCUAGAGCACGAAGAGGACAUGAAAGCGAGGAGGAGCGAGCAGAUCGUCGCUCAGAGAUACUCAGAGAGCUAGAGCACGAAGAGGACACGAAAGCGAGGAGGAGCGAGCAGAUCGCCGGCUCAGAGAUACUCAGAGAGCUAGAGCACGAAGAGGACAUGAAAGCGAGGAGGAGCGAGCAGAUCGCCGACUCAGAGAUACUCAGAGAGCUAGAGCGCGGAGAGAACAGGAAACUCGAGAGCAACAUGAACAACGUAUUGCUGCUACUUCACGAAGAGAGCAGGUGCGAAGAGCAGGUUCAUCACAGGCUGAAGUGGAGGAAAGGCGGCGAACUGAAUCGCAGAGGCAUCGUGGGCGUGCAACAAGGAUCGCGCCUGUCACUAGAAGAAUAG